AUGUACAACGAGUAUAGCCUUAUCGACGAGACAACGCGGUCCGACGACUCCAGGGCCCUCUUCGCCAACGCCUAUUCCAUCUGGAACGCUGGCUACGUGCUCAACCGCUACUGCUACCCGACGGAGUACAAGCCAGCCCAUCCGUUCGGCGUACACGGCGGAGAAUGGACGGAUAGCGACGGGGACCUUAGCGCCGCUGUGCUUGUGAACCUCUCAGCGUCGAGCAGAACCGGGAGGAGCUCCACCUGGAACUUCACGCGGAACCGCAAGCCGGGCGUUAAUGGCCCGCUUGCCCUUCUGUGCGCGACGUCGUCGCCCAAAGCUCUGGAGCCUGCGCCACAGGCCCCGUUCGAGGUUAGUUCCGUUAGCUACGAUGGCCUGGCGGCUGGGGAGACCGUUGCGUGGAUCGAAAAGUUCAAGCCGAAGCGUGUCGUGGUUCUUGAUCACGGCGCACCGCUAGCUACUACCGAGCGGUUCGUUGAGGCACUUUCAGAGGCACUGCCUGAGACGCAAACUACGCUAGUCAUGAUCGGAGUUGAACCGAAGAUGGGGACUGCCGAUGAAUUGGUCUCUCUCCUAGGGUCGAAGCGGCAGUCUCGCUCUACUGUUGAGCUCAACACGACAUUCGUCAUCGAUAUCGGAAUCGCUACUGAGGGCGGACAGAAGUUCUUUGAGGAGAAUGAGAAGGCUUUUAAUAGGGCAGUUGAGGAGAAGUAUCUUGGCGACAUUGAGUUGGUCAAAGGCAGUGGAGUUUCUGGAUCUGGUGGGGUUGAAGGAGCGUGGGAGAAUCUCAUUCAGGGGACAUUGGUGCCUAACAAGGCCUGGGUGUACUAA